UUAUUGUAAUCAGCAGCCGGAAGUCCCAAUUAAGUUGCAGCUCUAACUGAGCGCAGCAUCACUGUCUGUGCACCUUCACAAUGCGCCUUAAGCAGCAGCUGUAGCUCCUGUCCGAGCCACUUAAGCAGCCACCGAUGCUCCCCAUCCGUCACUUUGUGCUCCAGCACCGCGGCCGGUUGGACAGCGACCACGCAGCGUCCUCAGCAUCACCGCGGCUCCGCCAAUCAGCGCGCAGCUCGGGGCAGAUUAACCCAAACAGCCUCGGUGCUGCUCCGUAGUAGCAGCCCCAGAAACGAGCCCGCACCUUUGAUCCUCGUGGACUCAGUCUAAGGCAGAUGGCAGGUUAACUCUUUGCUACACAGCAUCCGAAAAUCCAUCCUUGCCUUUAAGAAAGAAAAAAAAAAACACAUCACGUCUUCUAAGGCGAACCAGGAACAGGAUGGAUGCUUGCGCGAUAACAGCAGAAAGCACGGAUGCGAUAGUGAUGGAUGAGUCUCCUGGAGAUGAGAAGGAAAUUCAGGAGGCUUGCCAGAGUGAGAUCCCGGCGGUUUCUCUGUGCCCCCCUGACAGCUCUGCCGAGGCCCAGUUGACAGUCAUCCAGUCUGAAGGGGAGCUAUGUGACAGCUGCAGCAGCCUUGGCAGACCUUCUUCCUCCUUCCAGCUUUAUCACCAAGUCCCCCAAAGUCCUCAAGUUGGGGCUUACGAUUCACCGCAGCCCCAAAAAUGUCCCCACUGUAGCCAUCACGGUCCAGUCAAACUGAGCGUCUGCCAUAACUGUCAUUCAAACGCCACUCAUGCAGAAGGAGGGGCAGUUGUGAAAGUGGGCCACAGCUGCAGUUCUGCCCAUCAGGCAUCCCGUCAUGGAGCAGCACGGUGUCACUGGCUGCACGGGUCAAAUGAGAGCAGGACACAUAAACCCAAGCAGCGACAUGUGGUGACAGUAAGGGAUGGAGGACUCUACUGGAUUCUUAAAAACUACUCCCAGGUGAUAGUGGACUAUCCGUUAGCGGCCCUGCUGGGUUGUGCAGUGCUGCUGCUGGGAUGCUCACUGGCUGGAUUCUUUAUUGGUUCACUGCCAGACUUCUCUGAUCUGCUGCUGGGCUUUGAGCCGCGGGGAACGUACAUUGGAGUUCGUCAGUCCAGCUUGCAUGAGCUGCAGGAGAACACAGGCCUGGGGAAAACUCUGUCUCCUCUACCACAGCAGCUCAGUAAAAGUGGUAGGUGUGGAGGUGCUGUCAGUAAAGACAGUAGUGGAGGCCAGGACGCCUCCAGAGUUCGCAUCAAGAGGAUGCCGGCCAGAGACUCUUCUCUAGACACUUUCCUUUGUGAUGCUCCAGUCUCUCUCCAUGCAGACGAGCGUCUGGCCCAGCUGGUGUUUCGAUCAGAAAACUCAGCCAGUCUCUGGAGUCUGAAAGCAAUCCACGCCAUGUGUGACAUGGAGCAAUCCAGGAUUGGCUCCCAGGCCCAGUUCCAAGACCUGUGCCAGCAGCAUGGGAGGGUGAAAGCCAAGGGAACGUCCAGAAGCGACUGUUGUCCGAGCUGGUCUCUGGGGAAUUACUUGGCAGUCCUCACUAAUGCCUCCAGCUGCCUCAACCUCACCUCACAGCAGGUUACUGAGUCUCUGAACCUUCUCCGGAAAUGUGCUCAGUACUAUCACGAAGGACAUCUAGUGGAGGCCUGUGUUGACAGACCCAAACAUAGAGGCUGCUCCUCUGUUCCUUCCCGCUGCAAACAAUCCCGUGUGGUGUUCCAAAUCCUGCACUUCCUCGUCGACAAAGACUUCCUUGGUCCGCAGACUGUUGAAUACCAAAUACCAACGCUGAAGUACAGCCUUUUGUUCUUACCCAUCAACAAGGGACAACACAUGAUGGAGUUAUACAUGAACAGCCUUGAAGGCCAGGAUCUGACACACAAUAAUACGACUAUUACUGGCAUAGACUUUGGCAUCAAGCAAACCCUGUUCAAGUAUUACCUGGCAAGGGAUUCGGUAUACCCCAUCCUAGCUGUUGUAUCUCUUCUUUUAACUAUGGCUCUUUAUCUUCACUCUCUGUUCAUCGUAGCAUUAUCGGUAAUAGCAAUCACAGGCUCCCUCCUAACCUCUUAUUUCGUCUACAAAGUAGCAUUUCGCCUGACUUUUUUUCCGAUGGUCAAUCUCUCUGCAGCUCUUAUUCUCUUAGGAGGUUGCUCCAAUCAGGUUUUCCUCUUUACUGACUUCUGGAAUCUGCAGCUAUCUCAGAACCCUUCAGCCUCUCUGGAGAAGAGAGUAAACAGAGCUUUGCAGGAAGUCGGCUACUUGAUUUUAGCGUCAGGGUUGACCUCCAGUGCGGCAUUUUUCUCCGGUUAUCUCAGUAGCAUCACAGCAAUCAGAUGCUUCUCUAUUUAUCUCGGAACCGCCUCUUUCAUCAGCUCACUCUUGGCGUUCGUGUGGCUGCCAUGCUCUUUCAUCUUGCGUGAACGUUACACAAAAUCAUCCUCUGCUUCUGCCACAGUGCAAGGAUGGAAACCUUGCUGCUCCAAAAACAAUGGCGGCUUCUGGGACACGAGCUCACGCAAGAGAUGCCUAUUCAGCCUCGGGCAGAAGUUGAGAGAAUUAAAACGGGGUCUCACAGACACCUCCAAUUUAAUAUUUCUAAAAAUCCUCCCUUGUGGAGUGGUAAAGUUUCGGUACAUCUGGGUGUGCUGGUUCGCGGUGCUCGCAGCCGGGGGCACAUACAUGGCCUGCAUUGACCCGGGCAUGAAACUGCCCACUCUUGAUAGCAGGGUCACCCAGCUUUUCCGCUCCAGUCAUCCAUUUGAGAGAUUUGAUGCAGAGUAUAGCCACAUGUUCAUGUUUGAGAGACAGAGAAAUGGAGAGGAUAAGCCUGUUGCGUUAAUGCUUGUUUGGGGAGUCAAACCAAUUGAUAAUGGGGAUCAUUUUAACCCAAGAAGCAAUGGCUCUUUAGUUCUCGACCCAGACUUUAACAUGAGCCGACCUGACGCUCAGGUUUGGUUGAGGGAUCUAUGUGGGCGGGUUCAGAACCAAAGCUUUUAUUCCCCUCUGACACCGGAGGAUAAAGAUGUGAUAACAGACAAUAUCUGUCUUGUGGAGCAGCUCGUACACUGGGUAUCCGUCAGGUGCUCAGACAGCGAUGACGCCCUUCAUUUUUGCUGUAAUGACAUCCCUUUCCCCUACCCUCCUAAUGUUUUUGAGAAAUGCCUUAGUAUGAUGCUAGCAGAGCGGUACGCCGAAUGCCAUCUGGCACACAGUGGAGGCCUGUACUUCCAGCCAGAUGGCAGGGUCGCUGCCCUUGUGUUGGCAUUCAAAACCACAUACCUCCACAGCUUCAACUUCAGCAAAACCAGUGCUUUUUACAGAGAAAUCCUUACUUGGUUUAACAAAGAAAUAUCAGGAGCACCACAAGGGCUGGAGAAGGGCUGGUUCAUCAGUCAGCUGUCUCUUUUUGAUCUACAACAGUCUUUAGGUUCUGAGACUCUGGUAGUAGCUGGUUUCUCAGUAGCUCUCACGUUUGUUUUGCUGCUCUUAACCACGUGGAAUAUUCCACUGAGCAUAUAUGGGACUCUAGCUGUAGGAGGCAGUGUGUUUGUCACAGUCGGCCUCCUUGUUCUUCUCGAAUGGCAGCUGAAUGGCAUCGAGGCUCUGUUUAUAUCAUCAGCCGCAGGGUUGUCUGUUGACUUUAUUGCUAAUUAUUGCAUAUCCUACAGCUUAGCUCCGCAUUCUGACAAAAUUGGGAAAGUAGCACACACCACUAAAAGGAUGGGAUGUCCCGUAGCAAUAGUAUCAGGAGCAUUUUUCUUCAUGGGGAUUAUCAUGUUACCUGCAACGGCCUUGCUGUUCAGAAAGCUUGGGAUUUUCCUGUUUUUGGUGAAAUGUGUAGCAUGUGGAUUUGCAACCUUCUUUUUCCAGUCGCUGUGCUGUUUUUUUGGACCCCAGAGAAACUGUGGAACGAUCACACUGCCAUGUUGUUCAGACCAGACGGACGCCGUGCUGUCCUCUUUUGCCGAGCCCGGUUCUUCGUCAGCCUCGGCCGCUAACGGGGCCUUUGGCAGAUCUAGAGCGAGGAGGAGUUAUGACAAAGAAGCAGCUGGUUACCUCUACCCCAACCACCAACGUCAGCACAGGCAGAAACAGCCUGGAGGAGGCGGCGCCAGGAACCGAGGACCUGAGCAGUACGAGCUUCAACCUUUGGCUUAUCGACUGAGCGACAGCUUUGAGAACAGCACCUGCACCAGCAAACUGUCCAACCGGCCCUCUGUGCUAUCUGACGAGAUCGAGUACUGUGGGAAAGAUGAGGACAGGAACAGCAUGGACGGGGAAAGCGAAGAGACCUGCAGUCAUCAACAUAAGAUCGGCCAAGCACCACCAGCCCUCCAGACCUCAUCUCCUUACAAAGACAACACCCUCCACCCAAUGGACCUUGCACAAGCAGAUGUAGCUAAGGACAAAUUCCUAUGUAAAACCUGCAGAGGUCAUACUGCUGAGCUGAAGCAUUGGAGCAAUACAUCCUUCUCCUCAUCGUCAAGCAUAGAGGAGACCAUCAUCAGUCACACACUGGAGACCACUGACCAGCCAUCUCUCUGCAAAGGUGAAAACUCCACAGGGGAGAGUCACUAUCACCGUCACUGCUCACAUAAAGGGCCUCUCUCCUCACAGUCUCAGAGCUCGUGCGAGGGUCUGGAGGACUCCUGUGAAACAUGCCUCAGUGACAUCGAACCAGGGCCUUCAAACCUGCAGCAACACGAAGGACAGGCGGAGGUCCAUUUACAACCAGGACACCUCAACGGGAAGAGAGACACGCUUCGUCUCUCGCUGAAAGAAACAGUUUAUGACAGUUGUGGUAAAAACCGCACUAGCCAGAGCGAGGAAGUGGUCAUUUUACCCAACAGUAAGCCCGACCUACCGGACAUUUGGAUCAAGAGAGAUGUACAACGGGAGGACACAUGUUGAGCAAUGUUGGGGGAAUCUUUGCAAACACUGUGCAUUAGUUGUUCUUAAUUUACAUUGAAAAUGAAUCACAGUACUUACUUACACAAGCAGACAGAACUUUUAAAAAGAAGCAUACACCGUUACAUUUGUGUAAUGCUCAAAGGAAAUAUAAGCCAACUGCAAAUGCAACAUGUGACAGCAUGUUUGUCUGAUGUUGCAGUUAAGGUUGUUCCAGUGUCUGUAACAAAUGAGGUCAGAGCAUGAGUGUUUCUUCAGCAAAAAGGUCGAAUAAAGGCAUGACUUGUCCGACUGAGCAUUUUUAGAAAGAAGACAGCUUUGUGCUCAGUCACAACUUUGCACCAAUCUCACACUUGAAAUUGCAGCAUGCAGUCAACACAAAACAUCAAGUACUGCACCUGCUGCCUGCAGAAUUUACUUUGUGCCUGGAACUUUUUAACUUCUGAACCUGUACACUCUGCACAGACUGGGUUUUAACGAACACAAUGGUAACUGUGUGCACCCGCUGGCCUUCUUCCAUGCUGGAAUUGACCCCUAAUGAGCCAUAUACAUUCACGGACUGAUGUUAAAAUAUAAAUGUGAGAUAUACAGAGAAAGAGCAGUGUGUGCAGUGUCACAUACAGUUUUUAAGCAUGAGUCAAUCAUUAUCAUUAUUACCCAAAGUUGCAAACAAGUGUGACUUGACUACAGUCAGUUGGUUUUGCUCUCUGAGCUGAUAAUAUGUACAGUAUGUCCUUUGUCACCAUGGCGUAAAAAAGCUGAAAACUACAGUUAGCGGUGUGUCAUUUGUGGUGUCAUGGCUUGCUUUUAGUGUGUUACUGUCAAAUUAUAAGUCAUGCUGUUUAUCUAGUGUCAGUGCCAAAAAAUGUAAUAUUUACUUAUGUGAUGAUUUUAAAGGGCAAAGGAGUUUCUACUACAGACGUAACACUCUGUGAGUUUAUGCAUUGGUGGCAAAUUAAGGUGCAAACUAUUCCAGGACCUGUGGAUGUCAGCGCACGCCUUCGCCUUUGUAAAGAAGUAGGAGCUCUAAUUUCUAUUUCCAAAGCAGUAAUUAUACCAUUGCAAGCCACUGCAUCGACAGCUAAUAAUUUGAAUACGGACCUUUGUCUUCUGUUGUUGGAAACUCCAACAGGUAGCUAUCUAAGCAACAGACAGCCUUUAUCCUCAGCCCAUCCCACGAUUGAGAACAGUUGCUUGCAUCUUAAUAUAUUUCAAAUAACAGUAUUUAUAACAUGAACAGCAUGUGCCAAGUGUCUUUCAGCAGGUUGUCUACUUGGCUGAAACUGUGUGUUUUGUGCAGUGGGUGUUUCCCUCGAAAAGCAACAUAAGAUGUGUUUAUGGUCCUUUACAUGAUGUUUAGUGUAAAUCAAAAAGGAGUUGCAGCGAUGGUGGUUCAGCAGUAAGACCUUGACAAGAACAGAUGUAUGUGAAACGUGCCUACGAGCAGGGUUCUUUUCAAACUUUCUCAUGUAAGAAGUGUUUGCUUUUGACAUCUUGACUGUACAAUCACAAGUCUCUAAUAAGCCUUCACUUUAAACCACUCAGCAGAAUGACCUGCCUUACAGACAAAAGAAAUCAAUCACACGCUUUCUAUAAACAUGAAACAGUAAAGGUCACUACCACCACUACCACCAUAAUUUACAGCUGUCAGUGUUGUUCAUUUUUCAAAAAAAUGAAAUAAAACAUUUAUUUUCCUGCA